GUAACUCUCGUUUACUACUGCAAACGUUUCAUCGUUCUUCAUGAGUAUUCGAGUAUCUUUACGUGUUCGAAUCGAAAACGUCAUCGGUGAAGAACAUCGCCAUUGCUCUAUUCUAUAGAUGCUCCUGCUAUUGACUGCCAUCUUGAAAUGAGCGAACUUAUGGAUUAAUUCUUAAUUCCGACGUGCGACGAAUUAGUUUGAAAGAGAAAGAGAGAGAGAGAGAGACAAAGGGAGAGAAAUUAUUUUCAGCAGUAUUUCAUCGUGAACGAGUUUUUUCAUUUUUCCAGAAGCGUUCUUAGGUCCUGUCAGCCAUCGAUUCAUUCUUCGUUCGAACAGUUUUGAUUGUGAGUAAAUGGGUCGAGCUUUUCUGCAUUACGAACCAAAUUUUGAAUCUCAUUGGUUAAUUAUGAAACCUAUUUAUCGCAAUUUUUCAGAGGAUAUGCGUACACUUUGCAAAAGAGAUCAUAACUUCGACAUCCAUUUCUUUUCAUUAAAAUCAUCGAGAAAUGCGACCGAUAGUAAAUUAUCAAAUAGCAGUUUGUGGGUCGGUCAGCCAACAAUGAUAAGUAUAAUAAUAUACAGCAUCGUUACACCGAUAAUUUCCACUCUUGGAAUAAUUGGUAACAUUCUCAUUCUUGUGGUUAUCUUAAAACGAUGUCUGAAGACGUCCACUUAUACGUAUCUGGCAGUCUUAGCUGGUGCUGAUCUCGUAACGUGCACUCUCCUUCUAUUCUCUGGCCUGGCAAGAGGAAUUUUCUGGUGCAAACCAGGUUGGCUCGAGUUCGAUGCCUUCGUGCAUCUUCCACUUGGCUCAAUUUCAUCCAAUAUCACCGUAUGGGCUACCGUGUGCGUCACCAUCGAUAGACUUGCGAUGGUUUGUAGCCAGCCAAGUUGCAAAACUCCGAAGUUCUGCAGUCAGCACAUCGCCCGAAGGAUGAUGAUCGUUUCAACCUUCUUUACUAUCAUCAUCAACGUCCCUUACUGUUUCAUGUAUAAGUAUAACGCGCGUGGCGACUUAAUGACGACACAAUUUUUUCAUUCGUGGUUGUAUAAACUUCAGAAUUGGCUUCAACUGAUGAUCUUUGGACUUUUACCAGCCAUAUUCUUGUUCAUCGCCAAUAGCAUUAUGUGCUUCAACAUGAUGAAAAUGCUCAACCAGCGGAAAGAAUUGUUGAAACGAUGUAACGCCAGAGAAUGUAAUCAGUUGAGGGAUCAAACGAGAUUGACCGUAAUGCUGGUAGGCAUCGCAUUCGUUUUCGUCGUGGGCGAAGUUCCAACACACUUGGCGUCACGUCGCAGCGCAAUUUCUCUUUUAUAUGAUGGAGAUCUGACCAUCGUCCACGAAGUUUUUCUCGAAAGAUUUCGUAUCUACGCGACCCUCCUUAGUGCCAUCUCCAGCUCAUUCAAUUUCGUGCUCUAUUCCCUCUUGAGUCCACAUUUUCUCUCACAUUUAAAACAAGUCCUCUAUAGAAAGUCCAUGAUACGGGAGGGUAACACAAUGAGGAUAAAUGCGAUCGUUUCAGGAAGCCAAUUAAUGAACGUAUCAUACUGUAAUUUGUUUUCUUAAUUUUUGAUUCAAUUAUAUAUUUGUGUAUGUGCACGUAAAUAUUUUAUAAAAUUGGAAACGAUAUUUCGUCGAAAAUAAAGCUUAUGAUUACUUCAUCAUCGUAGUAAUUUGAUUCUUUUGUAAGAAUCCUUCAUUCCUUACUACUUGAAUUAAACUGUGAUUUUUUGCA